AUGAAUUUUAAUACAAAUAAAUAUAAAGAUGAAAUAGCACAAUUAUUAAUUAAUAUUCCACAUAUACGUUCAUAUUAUGCACGUUUUGUACCUACAUGUACAACUCAUAAUGAUUUUUGGUCUCGAUAUUAUUAUCAUUUAUAUAAAUUUGAUGACGAAGAAACACGACGAUUAAAUUUAUUAAAACGUGCACAUGAAAUAUGUAAUGAAAAUAAUGAAAAUGAUUGGGAUGAACUUAAUGAUGAAUCAACAUCGAAAAUCUCAACAUGUAAAACAAAAGAAAAUAGAGAGUUUGAUGAAACAAAUCUUCCUACGUCUAAUAUUAAUACAAUUCCAUGUGAAAAUUCAGCAUUUCUAGUCACAACAACAUCGAACAAAACAGAUAAUGAAUUUGAUGAUGAAUGGGAAACAUGGUCUUAA